GAUUUCAUUUUUGAACCAUUGAUUUAUCUCUCUCUAUUUCCACAGCCGACACCCUCCGGAGAAUUCAGAGCUUUUUCGCCGGAGAAAUAUUCCGAUCACGUCGCCGGAGUAUCUUAUCUAUGAACAUUCGUCGGAAGACCGUACACUUGCUUCAGUGACUGUCUUUCGUUAAAAGCGGACUGAUUCUCGUAAUUUCCGCGGAAAGUAGCCUUUUCUCUGCAAUUUGAGGAAGAAAUCUUUGAGUAAAUUCAGAGAUUUGUUGUUUGAAUGCUUUAACGGAAGGAAAUUCACACGUUUAUUAUUAAUUGUUGUUGCUUUGGUAAUGUUUAGAUGAGAUUUCACCUAAUUCUCUCUACUACACGCGUUUUUAUUUGAGUCUGAAAUUAUCAGCAAUCAAGGUUGGAUUUAUUGGGAGAUAUAUCUGUGCUGAUUUCCGAUUGUUCUGUUUCGAUCAGUAUGUUUAAGGGAAGCAGAUAGUGGAGGAGAAGAUCAGUGAUGGGACUGAAGACACUGAGUAGAGUGGAGAAGCUGAAGAGCUCGAUCUUCUCCAGGUCCAGAAUGAAGCUCUGGUUGUUUAGGGCAACAAUGUCGGUGAUGUUGUGGACAUGUUUAAUUCAGUUUGUGGCAUUAGGAGAGAUAUGGGGACCUAGGGUUUUGAAAAGUUUUCCUUCUUGCUUUUCUCAUGAUUCUUCUUCUUCUUUGGAUGUCAAGCUUCCGGUUGCCAUUCCGGCGAAGGUAUUGCCACCAAAAAGAGUAUAUAAGAACAAUGGCUACUUAGUUGUUUCAUGCAAUGGAGGACUUAAUCAAAUGAGAGCAGCUAUUUGUGAUAUGGUUGCAAUAGCAAGAUAUUUAAAUGUGACAUUGAUUGUUCCUGAACUCGACAAGACUUCUUUCUGGGCUGAUCCUAGCGAGUUUAAAGACAUAUUUGAUGUUGACCAUUUCAUAAUGUCGUUGAGAGAUGAGAUUCGCAUAUUGAAAGAAUUGCCUCCUAGACUUAAGCAAAGAGUUGAGCUUGGAAUGAUGUAUACAAUGGCACCAGUUAGUUGGUCAGACAUUUCAUACUAUCAUAAUCAGAUACUUCCAUUGAUAAAGAAAUACAAAGUUGUUCAUUUAAAUAGAACUGAUGCCCGGUUAGCCAACAAUGGGCAGCCUUUGGAAAUUCAAAAGUUGCGUUGUCGAGUAAAUUUCAGUGCCCUACGAUUCACACCUCAAAUAGAGGAGCUAGGCAAAAGGGUUAUUCGGAUUUUAAGAGAAAAUGGUCCAUUUCUCGUUCUUCAUCUCAGAUACGAAAUGGACAUGUUAGCAUUUUCAGGUUGUACUCAGGGCUGCAACGUUGAAGAAGUUGAUGAGUUGACUCGGAUGAGAUAUGCUUAUCCAUGGUGGAAAGAGAAAAUUAUAAAUUCUGAUUUGAAGAGGAAAGAUGGUUUAUGUCCAUUGACACCUGAAGAGACGGCUCUCAUUUUGAAGGCAUUGGAUAUCGAUAACAAUACGCAGAUUUAUAUUGCAGCUGGAGAAAUAUAUGGUGGUGAAAGGAGAAUGGCUAGUCUUGUGGAAGCUUAUCCAAAAUUAGUCAGAAAGGAGACACUACUUGAACCACCCGAUCUCAAGUUUUUCCAGAACCAUUCUUCUCAGAUGGCGGCUCUGGAUUAUCUAGUGUCGUUGGAGAGCGAGAUCUUUGUUCCUACAUAUGAUGGAAACAUGGCGAAAGUAGUUGAAGGCCAUCGCAGGUACCUUGGAUUCAAGAAAACAAUCUCAUUGGACAGAAAGAUAAUGGUAGGGUUGAUAGAUGAGUACACUAGUGGAGUGUUGAAUUGGUUUGAAUUUUCGUCUGCUGUUAAAAGAAAACAUAAAGGUAGAAUGGGGAAUCCUUCGACUAGGUUUACAAUUCUAGACAAACCGAAAGAAGAGGAUUACUUCUACGCCAACCCUUACGAGUGUCUGCAGCCACCUCUUAUCAAAAGAUCGGUACAAUAGAAAUGGUGGAGAAAUGUACAGAAAUGUCGAUUCAUUCGUGUCCAAUGUAGGUAAAGUGGCUUCCUAUUUCUUCUGUCAGUUGGAUAUUUUCAUUCAUUUUUUUUUAAAUUUUUUACUAUUGAUUCUCUCAUUAGAUUUUCAACAUGUAGAAAAUUCCCUCAUUUUUUUUUCUUUCUAUUUUAGGGGAUAAAAGUAAGUGAGUUUAAUGGAUACUCAUCCUACAUUCCUACUGACUGUAUUAUUAUUAUUAUUAUUAUUAUUAUUAUUAUUAUUAUAUAUGUUAUACUAUUUUGUAAAUUUGGACCCAAAAGAAUAAGGGAAAAGGGCAAAAGAAUAAGUCUGUGAAUUCUUAUGGAAGACAUGAAAAUUUGAGGGCUUAUUGAUGCCUUUGUCUACAAUUCAGGGACCAUUGUAUCAUUUAUCUUUUAUAAUAAUAAUCUAUAUUUGGUUAA